GCCUCCGUACCCUGCCCCGCUCACUCUCAGGUCGCUCCCAGGAAGGCAGCGUGGGCUUCCCCCCACUCCCCGGCUGGUUCCUUGGCCCAACCCCACAUGCUGGGACAGGGCAUGUUCAUCUGGGAGGAGAAGAUCAGCCUGCCCUGGCUGCCUGGCUGCAUCUCCAAGCUCUGGGAAUCCCCCCGGCUGCCAGCACUGCCCUGCCCCAGCAGCUAUGACAGGAUGCCCAUCUGCGCUGUCUCCCCGGAGUGCCCAGUGAGCCAGAUGCCCAUGGAGGGGCGGGACAAGGCCCCCGGCCAUGCGCCGGCCCGGGAGGGUGAUGCCCUGCGAGUCAACCAGCUGCACAACAGCAACAACAACGCCUCGCUGGGGGGCUGGCUGGGCCGCAGGGGCUCCCGCUCCCUCUCGCCCUUCGGCCCCCGGGCCUCUGUUGGUGCCAACCAUAAGCUGAGCUACCUGGAGCGCGUCGUGCUGGAGCUCGUGGAGUCGGAGCGCACGUAUGUGCAGGACCUGCGCAGCAUUGUGGAGGACUACCUGGGGAAGAUCAUUGACACCGAGGAGCUGCUGCUGCAGCCGGAGCAGGUCUGCGCGCUCUUUGGGAACAUCGAGGAUAUCUACGAACUCAACAGCGAGCUGCUGCAGGACCUGGACAGCUGUGACAGCAACCCCGUGGCUGUGGCCAGAUGCUUUGUGGACAGGAGCCAGGAUUUCGAUAUCUACACCCAGUACUGCAACAACUACCCUAGCUCGGUGGCAGUUCUGACCGAGUGCAUGAGGAACAAGCACCAGGCUAAGUUCUUCCGCGAGCGCCAGGAGCAAAUCGGCCACGCGCUGCCCCUGGGCUCCUACCUGCUCAAGCCGGUCCAGAGGAUUCUCAAAUACCACCUGCUGCUCCAGGAGAUCGCGAAGCACUUUGACCUGGAGGAGGCCGGCUACGAGGUGGUGGAGGAGGCCAUCGACACCAUGACCUGUGUGGCCUGGUACAUCAACGACAUGAAGCGCAGACAUGAGCACGCCGUGCGGCUGCAGGAGAUCCAGUCCCUGCUGCUGCACUGGAAGGGGCCGGAUCUGACGACCUUCGGGGAGCUGGUGCUGGAGGGCACCUUCCGGGUGCACCGCGUGCGCAACGAACGCACCUUCUUCCUCUUCGACCGCACCCUGCUCAUCACCAAGAGACGGGGCGACCACUUUGUCUGCAAGAACGACAUUCCGUGCUCCUCCUUGAUGCUGAUCGAGAGCACCAGGGACUCGCUGUGCUUCAGCGUAACCCACUACAAGCACAGCAAGCAGCAGUACAACAUCCAGGCCAAGAGCGUGGAGGAGAAGCGGGUCUGGACCCACCACAUCAAGAGGCUCAUCCUGGAGAACCACCACGCCAUCAUCCCCCAGAAGGCUAAGGAAGCGAUCCUGGAAAUGGACUCCUCCCACCCCGCUCGCUACAGAUACAGCCCGGAGCGGCUGAAGAAAGCGAAGUCGUGCCAGCCCAUGGAUGAGGUGCCCCCGCAGGCACGGCAGGGGCGCCGGCAGUCGGAGCCUGCCAAGCAGAUUGUCAAGCAGCUGGGUGAGAAAGCAGGACUGAAGCACGCCGACAGCGCCGGAGCCCUCCUGGAGACCGGGGCACCCUUGCAGCUCCUUGGCAGCGCUUGGCAGCUGGCUGAGGGCGAGGGGGGCGCGGAGGAGGAGGAGGAAGCAGCUAUGGGGAAGGAAGAAGAGCAGGCCCUGGGGCAGGGCUCACUGGAGGAGCUGCCUGUGAGUGACAGCAGCGAGAAGGAAGCCGGGCCGGAGGAGGAGGAGGGCCCAGUGGGCGAGGAGCAGGUAGCUGACUUUGCGAGCUUCCUGCUGGCGGCGCUGCACGGCUGGCACUGUCGGGCCAACGCUUUGCUUUUCUCCUGGGGCCGCACGGGCAAGGGGCGCAAGGGAAGCCAGGAGCCAGGGGGCCCUGAGAACCGUUGCAGUGCAGAGACGGCCUCGGCCAUCCUGGAGGCUGCCCCAGAGCCCAGUGAGCUGCACGAGGAAGAGCACCCAGAGGAGUCCCCCGAGACUGCGAGCACCCCGGAGCUGGCCCAGCCGAGGGCGAUGGAGCUGGAGCAGAACCUGGCCAUGGUGGAGAACACGGAGGACCUCAAAGCCAUGAGCAGCGAGGAGGACGAAGAGGAGGAGGAGACCAGGGCGAGGAGCAUUCUGCCCCCGUCCGUGCUGGACCACGCCAGCCUCAUCGCCGAGAUGUUCGCCAGCAGCUUCUCACGGCGCAGCAGCCUGGCGCUGGAGGAGGGCCGGCCCGGGGGCUUCCUGACACCCAGGCUGGUCAGCCGGAGCAGCAGCGUGCUGAGCCUGGAGGGCAGCGAGAAGGGGCAGGGCCACAGCAGUGCCGCUGACUCCCAGGGCCGCGUCUCACCGCAGGGCUCUACCCGCAGCGGGACCGCUUCACCCAGCCCCUUGGAGCCCGAGCGCACCCCCUGCCCCAGGAAAGAGUCCAUGCUCUCCCGGCAGGACCGGCUGCUGCUGGACAAGAUCAAGAGCUACUACGAGUGUGCAGAGCACCGUGAUGCCGGCUUCGGCAUCCGGCGCCGGGAAAGCCUCUCCUACAUCCCCAAGGGGCUGGUGAGGAACUCGGUCUGCCGCCUCAACAGCCUCCCUCCCCCGCCGGAGCAGCACACCAACACCAGGUGGGGAGUGGGCAGCGGCAGUCGGACAGCUGCCUGGGUGCUGGCGGGCGUCCCCACCCCAGGGCCCAGGGCCGAGCCCAGCACCCCCGUCGGCGAGGAGGAGUUCCGCCCACCCGCCGAGAUGAUCAAGGUGUGGGAGGGCAUGGAGAAGAGCACCAGCCAGCCCUGCCCGGAGGAGGGCAGCAGGGAGGGCACAGCUGGCGCCGCUGCCGCGUGGCCUCUGGGCAGGAGCCAGGAAAACGGCUUGGACCUGCACGAGCCGCUGCUCAUCCUGGAGGACGAUGAGCUGAGCGCCAUCGCGGAGGAAUCAGCCAACCCCUCGCCCGAGAGCCGGUCCCCCACAGAGCGAGCGGGGCCCACCAGGCUGGCCAGCCAGCUGCAGAGACUGGUGCAGGAACUGGGCCACCCUGCCAAGCCGCGCCCCCGGGUCCCGCCGCUCUCAGAGGCCAAGCUGAGCGAGCACCUGAAGAACAAGGUGUACCAGCUGGCGCGCCAGUACAGCCUGCGCAUCAGGAACUGCCAGCCAGCCGGGCACAGGCGGCUUGCCAAGCUGGAGGAGCUGCGGAGCUGCGCAGCACCCCCCCCAUGUGACGAGCACCAGGAGGUGAAGAGAAGUACAGGCCCGCAGAAGCCGGCACUCUCUCCCAUGACCUUUGAGCAGGCGGUGCUGCAGGAGUACAGCCCCCGCACGCCGCGCUCUGCCACCGCCUCCUCGCAGGACAAGUCGCCCAAGUGCUUCUCUUUCAGCCCUUCCUGCCCCGCCUCGCCUGGCAGUGGUGCCUCGUCCUGCAGCCCGCUCAGCCCCAUGGUGGCGGAGACAUUCACCUGGCCUGACGUGCGGGAGCUGCGCUCCAGGUACUCCUUCGGCACGGCCUUUCCCGGCCCGCGCCGGCCCGCCCCAGUCAACAGGAGCCGGUCGGCGCCAGAGAAGAUGGCGGCAGAGCUGCCAGGAGGCGUCCUGGGACAGGAGGGCUGGCGCGGGCUGGAGCAGAGCCCUGGGAGGGGCCGGGGCAUUGAGAGCCCAGACCCCAGUGCCCAGCAACGCCAGAGGAACCAGAGCGCUGGCUCACUGCGCAUCACCGCUGAGGCCAUGCUGGGCGACCAGCGGGUCAUCGUGCUGGAAAAGGUGCCGUGCGGCGGGGACCCACCUGCCCCCGAAGACCCACCCGAUGCCGCCAGCUACGUGCAGAUCCGCUCGCCCACCUCGCGGGAGAGGAUCUCGCUCAAGGCCGUGGCGGAGCGCUGCAAAGCCUACCAGGAGUCGGACGAAUACCUGCGGCGGGAGGAGGGCUGGGCCGCAGGCUGGGAGCAGGCAGCUGCCAGCCAGCAUGGCCGCGUGAGGAACCUGCGAGAGAAGUUCCUGAACCUGAACUCUGCCAGCUGAACAGGCGCCUGGCCUGCCCGGCUCAUGGGGGGGAGGCCGGACUUGUGUACAUAGCGAGCGCCUUCCUCCUCCCCCAGCCAACGCCACCCACCCCGAUGGGACUGAACUCCCCGAACCAGGCCGGGCCAUGGCCAGAGACCUGCUCUCAUUAGGGGCUCUGUGCUGAAGCAUGCACCAGCAGAUCCUGGGCUGGCAGGAGCAGCGGGCAGUGCCCCCCACCAGGACCUUGGUGCAGAGUCUGCCCACCACCCUGGGGCUGAUCCCUACAGGCAUGAGGGGCUGUGCUGCUGGCCAGUCCUGGAGGAGGAGGUUGAAUUGCUCUCCGCUGUGCUGGGUGAAAGGGAGCAUGGUGUAUGUGGGUGCCCCACGCAGGGCGGUUGUGUUGGCUAUACACACACUUCAGUGCAAUAAUCACACCUCUCGCCUCCUGCCUGCCUCCUCAUGUCUCCUGCAGCCUCGGCGCCGCUGCUCUUCGGGGAGGGGGAGACAGGGCGGCCUAGUGGGCAGGCGCCAUCUCGCUGUGUGUGCAGCACCUGGCUCACGGGGCCCCUGCACUCGCUGGUGCCACAGUACAGUCACCACCCCCAUGCACCAUGAGACCGGGUGGGCCACCCAGGCUGAGAUUGCAGUGGGCAUGCAGUAGGGUGGGUUCAGUGCCACCUCGGGGUGCUGCCAGACACCACUCCACAGCCACUCCUGUUUGCUGCGGGCCAGCGGGAGGGAGGGGGCGGCUGAGGCCUGUCCUGUGUACAGUAGCAGCUGGCAUAACCCAGGCUAACAGCGGUCUACCCUGCUCUGCCCUCGCAUGGCUGCGUGGCACGGAGAGGUUGGGCUCCCUUAGCCUAGGCACUGAGUACACCCAGCCCCCAGCGGGGGUCCCGCUCCACAUGGAGCACUGCGCUAUCUCCGGCAGCAUGGCACGUGCCGGGAUUUCCAAGGCGGAGUGGUGGCAGCUGUUGCCUGGGGACCUCGGCCUGCCCUGUGCCCCUUGCCAAGCUGCUGGGCUGUCCCCUCCCUGUCCAGCACCCCACUGGGUCUUACAGUCCCAGCCCCGGAUACUCAGGGCCUGGAUGGAAGGGCCUUUCCGGCCCCAGGGAGGCCAUGCCAGCGGGUGGGGGCGCCCUCUGUCUGCCUGAAGCCCAGGGUGGGUCUAGCCACCGGUGCCACUGCCCCCAGACCCCACUACAGGAUCGGUGUCAGCAAAGGACCCAUGCCACUGGCGCCGAGGUUUGGGCCCGAGCCUGGGUCAGGGAAUGGGGUCUGUGUUCUUGGGGGGGCCCACACCUCCCCAAUACCGUGCUGACCGCCAGCCCCACAUCUCCCCAAUACUGCACUGGUGGGCUGCCCCACACCUCCCCAAUACCGUGCUGACCGCCAGCCCCACAUCUCCCCAAUACUGCACUGGUGGGCUGCCCCACACCUCCCCAAUACCGUGCUGACUGCCUGCCCCCCACCUCCCCAAUACCGUGCUGACCGCCAGCCCCACAUCUCCCCAAUACUGCACUGGUGGGCUGCCCCACACCUCCCCAAUACCGCACUGACCGCCCACUGUACAAACCCCCCAGCCCAGAUCCAGCACUGUGCCUGUCCCUCCAAUAGACCAUGCUGCAGCUGCCACAUGCCCCCAGGUACAGCACCCCGCAAACCUCACUGUACAAAUGCCACAUGCCCCCUGAUAUCUAACUGUACAAACAGCCCCCACUGUGUUACGGUGCAAACACCCCUGUCCUGAUAUAUCACUGGGCAAAGGCAUCCCCAAAACUUCUCUGUACAAAUGCCCCAGCUCCCAAUAUCACUGUGAAAACACCCCGAUAUGCUCCUGGAUAAGUGCCUCUCAUCCCCACCCUGUAGCACUGUGCAAAUGUCACAUGCCCUGAGAUCUCACUGUGCAAAUGCCCCAGACCCAAUAUAGCCCUGUGCAAAUACCCCAAUAGAUCAUUCUGCAAAUGCCACUCCCUGAUAUUGUACAAACACCCCCAAUAGACCACUGUGCAAAUGCCCACUGCAUGCCCCCAGUAUCACUGUACAAACACCCCACUUCCCUGCUAUGGCACUGUAUUAACACCCCAGACCCCCAAUAUAUCCCUUGCAAACACUCUCCAAUAUAUAUCACUGUACCAAUGCCACAGGCCGCCCCCCCCCCACUAUCUCACUGUGCAAACACUGCAAGAGAACCCUGUACAAACGCAACAUGCCCCCCUAGUAUAGCACUAUGGCAGUGCCCCUCCCACUAGAUCACUGUGCAAACACUAUAGCCCCCUGCCCUAUAGCUCACUCUGCAAGUGCCACACCCUCCUGCUAUUGCACUGUGACAAUGACACCCGCCACCCCUGGUACAUCACUACGCACACCCAUGGCCUGCUGGUAUAGCACUGUGGCAAUGCACCCUCCUGAUAGAUCACUGUGCAAACACUACAGGAUCCCCCGAUAGCUCGCUGCACAAAUGCCACACCCGUCUGAUAUAGCACUGUGAAAACUGCCCCCUCCCCCCCAUACAUCACUGUACAAACAUCCAUGGCCCCCUGGUAUAUCACUGCAAAUGCCACACACCUUCCCCAAUAGAUCACUGGACAAAUAUCCCAUGUUUCUGCUAGAUCCCUGUGAAAACACCCCCCCCCCCACACCCCACAUAUCAUUAUACAAGCACCAAUAGAUCACUGGACAAAGGCCACACUCCCCCACCCCAGUAUAUCACUGUCGGCUGCUCUGUGCAGGGGCUGGGCCUGGCCCCAGAGCUGAUGGGAUGUAUGGGCACGUGACCCGCUGGUGAGUGUGUUAUAGGCCUCGCUCUGGGCUGAGCCCUGGAGGCCAGGAGUCUGUGACAGCUGCUUCCUAUGUAGCCCUGGCACUUUACUGGGAACUCCUAGGUCUGUCUCCAAUGUGGCAGCAGCCAGCACCCCCGUGAUGGCCACCAGCCCGGUUCUGUCCAUGGUGGGGAAGUUAUUGCUGGUCCCGGCCUCUGUGUUUCAGCCUUUCUGCCUGGAACUGUCACCGUCACGCACGUGUCUGGCUAGCUAAAGGCCUUUUAUGGUGCCCAUCACCAUUGUAUCUGAGUGUCUCCCCUCUGCAGUGCUGCGAUGCCCGUGGGACAGGCGGGGAGCUGGGACUCGGAGACAUCAGGCAGGCUUGGCUUCAUGGAACAUGCACUGGGGCAUUUAGCUGGUGCCAGCCCCACAGGGUCUGCAUGAGCCAGUGAGUGUGCACCGCACCGGGGCACUGGCGAAAUCACCUCCCUCCAAGCCCUGAGAGCACGUCCGCACCACAGACCACCGUGUGGUGGCACCCCAGCAUGGCCCAGAGGAGACGGGGACCCAAGUCCCUGCCACAUUACAGCCUCCGUGUGGCACCGCAGGGCACGGCCACCCUGCAGCUGGAGGGGGCUUGGAGCACAGGUGUGCCUGUGCCAGCUUUCAUCUCACGAGGGGCGUGAUGGGGCAGCCCUGGGGACCUUGGCUAGGCACGGGCCACCAGCUCUUUGCUGCUAUUUGAGCACAGUGGGGUGGAGCAGAUGAAACCGGUGUUACACAGCUGGGUCUAAGUGAGCCGCCGUGGGCGUAGCCAGGCUGUAAUCGCAUCUGCCCAGGCAGAAAUACCCCAUGUCAUCUGCCCGGGCCACGCCGGUCGCCAGCCUACACCAGAGCAGGGAACCGGGCCCAGGUCUUCCAGCAUCUCAGCCAGUGCCCUGACCACUGCUCUGCACUUGGCACGCUGCAGCAUGGCCCUCACCCCAAAGCAGGAGCGAGUGCCUAGCACAGCAGGCUGGGUGUUAGGGGUGUGGAGCCCUGGGAGGGCAGGUGGGCAGGCUACUACCAGACGCUUUCCAAGGGGGCCUUAGGGAGCUGCCCCCAGUUGCAGUGGGCCUGGGCUCAGACAUGGUUUGGCCCUGUUGCCAAUUCCCAGCCUAGCACCAGCUGCCAGGCGUGGGCUGAGCCCAGUUCUCAACUUCUCUCUGGUUCGGCCUCCAGAAAAGUCGCUGGAGGACAUUUCCAGAGGUGCCUCAGGGCCAUUGGUGAAGCUCUUCAGGCACCUACAGAUGCAGAGCUGCACCUAGGGGCUUUUCAAAUCCCCACUCGGCACCUCGCUGUAUCUGCAGGUGCCUAAAACCCUUCAUAAAUUGGUCCAGGAGCCUAAACCCCCUUGGCUUUCCCAGAGACUUGGGCUCUCAAGUCCCUUAGCUGCUUUGGGAAAUGUUGCCCUUGGGCCUGUAAAAAGGCCUGUCCUCUGUGCGCUGCUUCCCCAGCCCCGGUGGUUCCUGGCUGGUUGAGCCAGCACCGUUCAGCUGACGCGCCCUUGCCAGCUAAUGCACGGGAGCGUUGUUAUCGCAGAUGCUCUUCCACAGCAGCAGGGCUCCCUGCGGGUUCGCCGGGAUUCCCCCUGCUUUGCACCGAAAUGGCCUUCCACAGACCCCUAGGAGCGUAGGGCGGGUUGUGCCCUCUAGUCCUGCCCCUGUGCCGAGGCAGAACCCCAGACCAGCCCUGACGGGCACCUGCCCACCCUGUCUUAAAACCUCCACAGCCUGCCUGGGUAACCCACUCCAGGGCCUAAUAUCUAGCCUGACUCUUCUGUACAGUACUGCAAAUUAACCUCAUGGCGGCCCGUGAACCCAUGGUUGGGGGAGCCUAGCCCCCUGCCCCACUCCCUUCUGCCUGAAGCCCUGCUCCUACUGGGCUCCCACCAUCCCCUGCUCUCGCCCACCAGGGCCAGAGGAGCCCUGAGCCCCCCACUGUGGCCAGAGGAGCCUGGCUGGCCCGGCCAAGCCGCCCCACGCACUGGCCCGCUUACCCAAGCCGCCCCGGUCCACCUGCCCGAGCUGCCCUGGCCCACCGGAGCCCUGGCCACCCAGAGGAGCUCUGAGCUCCGCCACGGCCCAGCCCAGUCCAGGGGCGGGAGGAUUAACAGAGGUUUAAGCCUCCAUUACGUGCCACCCUUGUUCCUCCUCCUACCCUUGGUGGCCAUGGAGACCAAUCGAUCGCUGUCCCCCUUAUAACCACCUUUGCACCUCUGAAGCCUGUUCUCAGGUCCCCUUGCAACCUUCUCUAGACCAAACACACCCAGUCCUCAAAGCCUUCCCUCCUAGGCUAAGUUUGCUAAACCUCAGACCAUUUUUGUCGCUCUCCUCUAGAUUCUCUGACUUCGUGCACAUCGCUGUCUACGUGUGCUGCCCCAGACAGGGCACAGGCCUCCAGCCAAGGCGUCCCCCAGUGCUUUGUCUGACCCUUGUGUGAAACCCGCUGGGUAAGAUCAAAACAAGAUGCCUCCGCCAGAGAGGGGUUUGGCUUGUUUAUUUCUUAGAAAAACACCAUUAUUAAAAUGCUUUGCAGCACUGUCUGGAGGUUUAGCUGUUUCUAUGCACAGUGGAAGUACGUGACAGCGGGUCGAACGUGGUGCCUAGCCAGCAGGAAUCAACGAACCAACUCAAGCAACGUGACCCCCUUCCCCUCGGAGAGCUGCUCUGGCUGUGCGUCCGUCUUCUGCAAUCAGUGGGGCUCCAGCCCCCCCCCAUGCAUGUCUGCCCUGAGCCUGUGCCCACCAUCUGUGCGGGAGUGCUGUGCAUGCUGGGAAAGCAGCCUUGUGGAGCAGAGAUCCUGCUGAGAUGAAUUCAGCCGGAAGGAGGAGAGGGCAGUAAUGGUCCAGGUGUCAAAUGGCUUCACACUGGGUAAAUCUGAUGAUUUCCGGGUGAAUCCAUCCAAUGCUGCUAGGUGUAAUCGGGGGGGAGGGCGGGGCUGCGAUGACAAACGAAAGGCGUUUGAACCCAGCAACACACGGAAAGGGCUGGAGCCAAGACCUGCCACAUGAAGCCUUCCACAGGCAGGAGGCGUGGAGG